AUGCCUGCGCCUGCAACACGACACCCCUGCCUGUGGCAUGGCACCCCCGUGCUCCUGCUCCUCCUGCCCGCUCUCGCCACUGCCCUCGGCUGCGCCAACCUCCGCACCCAACAGAGCACCUUCAACUGGCACAGCCUCCAGCUCCUCAACGACAUGGCUCCCAGCCCGCCGCAGCCCUGCGCCCAACACAACGAGCCUUUCUCCUUCCCCAACACCCUCCUGGCAAUCCACGCCCCACAACAAGCCGCCACCGCCGUCCUCCGCAUCCUCCAGCACCUCUUCACCACUCUCAGCAAUGAAACCAUCCCCGCGCACUGGGACACCCACGCACACCAACAGCUCCUCAACCAGCUCCACGACCAAAUCCAACACCUCCAGCAAUGCCUCCCUGGCGACGACACCCAUUUCAAAAGCCAAGGGCCCCGCAACCCCUGGCUCAGCAUCACCAGAUACUUCCGGCGCAUCCAGGACUUCCUCCGCACCCACCACCACAGCCCCUGCGCCUGGGACAACGUCCGCCUCCAAGCUCACACCUGCUUCCAGCACAUCCACAACCUCACCCGCACCAUGGCAGAUUAGCCACAACCACGGACCCACGCACCCCGCACCCAUCACUCCCACAGCACCCUCCUCGCCUGCCCCCCACA